UGAUUGUGGUUGUCAAAGUGACAUUUGUCAAAAAUGUUUACAGAUCACAAAGACAAGGUCAUUAGAAUAUUAUUAUGAUAAUAAUUAGUAACUGUGAUUAUGAAAGAGUUCAUGGUGAGAACAGAAGAUGACGAAAUGAAAUGAAUAAUUACUACAUACCUUACUUGAUGAAAAUUUAAAUUGAGUAAACAUAUUGUGAUAAACGGUAAAAACCAUGUCUGAUGCACGUAUUCCCAAUGUUGGCGCUGUCCCUAAAUUAGGAAGAGUAAAUGAAAUUUGUCAAGAAUGGAUGGUCAGAGAAGAUGGGGCCAUGGCGUACCACUUGCAAAGUCAAGAAAUCAGACAGCAUUAUUCUGAAAAUAAACAUCGCAAUGCUCUUGUCAGGGAAGACUUUCCUAAAGCCAAAACAGAGCAACAAAAAGAACAAGAAUUGGCAGAACAGGCAGCUGCAGUUUAUCGUAGAAUGUUAGAUGAACAAGAAGAAGUAGAUAGAAUGUUAGCUGAAAGACUGAGUAAAAAAUUGGAACUGGAAGAAAAAAUGAAGAGAAGCUUAGAAGAGAGGGAAGGUUUGCAUAAUGUUAAAAGGACUCUAGAUGAUUUCGCGAAACCCCCAGUACUUCGACAGCUAAAACCCAACCACCAAGAAUCUUAUCUUCAAACUGGAAAUUCAAUGGUUAGAAGUGGAAGACCUUUCAGGCCUGAUGAAAUUGAAUCUCCAAAUAUAGAAUUGGGACCAUAUAUGGAACUACCACCAUCUGAGCAAAUCUCUUCAAUUUACAAUGAACCUUAUGUGGAAGCAAACGGAUCCCAAAAAUCGCAAGAAGAAGCUGACGCUGAACUUGCGAGAAUGCUACAGGAAGAAGAGGGAAAUAUAGAAGAAUGCAUUAUGCAAAGGGACAGACUAUUGGCAAUAGAAGCUCAGGACAAGGAGUUAGCUAAAGUACUUCAGGAAAGAGAGAGAAUCAAAGCUAAAAAGGCAAAAGAGAGGGCAAGGCAGAAAGCAUUGGCCAAGAAGCAGCAAAAAAAACAGGAAGAGUUACAAAAUCACGACGUGAUUAUGCCAGACGAUGCUUAUUCAAAUCCUGCAGACAUGAUAUUACCCCAGACAAGGAAUACUGUUCCAAAUUUACCACCUCCAAAUAACACCCACCACCAAUCUUAUGACGAAUACGAGGACAACUACAGUUUACCAGUGGACAGACUAGAAUCAACCAGACCAUCUGCUGAAUGUGGAUUACCAGAUUACCCAAACUAUAAUGCCAGUCGUGAAGAACCCCCAAUAAGACCUUCUCAUCUAAGUAUCAGGCCUGUUUACAAACCUCGUUUACCAGAUCCUGAUGAAUUGGGCAAACCACACCUUAAUAUUGCGAUGGCAAUCGAUCCUACAUAUCCCAAACAAGAUAUUGCUCAAUCUCCUAGUUCUUAUGUACAGCAUAUGUCUCCUGCUAAAAGUGUAUCCUCGAAAUCCUCUUCGAGGACUUCACCAAGCAGCAGUUCCUCGAAGGAGAUGGAUGGGAGGUUGGAAAUGACAAACGCGCCACCUUACAUGCCUAUUCAGGGACAAAAAAGAACCGCUUCAUUAGAGAAAAGAAGGGUUAGAGAUGGCUGCAAGCAGCAAUGAUGAUGGUGCUCUAUUUAUUAUCAAAAUCAUGUUGUUAUAGUAGCUCGUAGUUUUGUUACUUAAUAUUAUUGUGUUAUUGCACAAUGUUGAUAUUGCGAAUAUUAUACCCAUAUCAAAAGGUCGUGAUAGAUGUUGAAACGGUAUUUUUAUAUUUUGUACUCGUGUAUGGCAUCUGAUAUUUUUAUACCUUUACAAAUAUAUUAUUUUGUACUGA